UAACUCGUUCGAUCGUAUUGAAAUAAAAAUUCCCAGUUAAGUGCCCGAUUUUAAUUUGGUUGUUAAUGUAUACAGUUAAAAUACGUGUUUCUGUGACUGUGUGUAAAAAUACAAGUUUCAGUUUUGAUUUCUUUCGCUUAGUUUUUAUUAAGUUGCUGUGUUUGUGACGUGUUUACGGAUUGUUUCGUGCUUAAAGUUUUUGGAACGCCCAUUAGAAUCAUUAAAUUCAUUCGUUAAAUGAAGCGAGACUGAAAAAGGUUUACCGAAGUCUAACUCUCUAGUGAAUGUGGCGCUAAAAGGCCGUGCUCUCACUAAUGAUGUGAAAAAGACAAUACAGUGAUGUGGCUUGCGGCGUUGGUGUGUCUACUCUGUCAGUCUGCAGGCAUAUCGGCCGGCGAGGGCGGUGAGGGCGAAGAUUUGUCCGUGACUACGACAGUCGACUACAGCAAUGUCACUGGCACUACAGAGUCUGUUGGGCAACCUUACUUCGACAACUCAACAAAGCGAGAUUACACAGCAGCUGUAGGUCAGCCGGCUUAUCUACACUGUCGGGUCAAGAACUUAGCUGACAGAGCGGUGUCGUGGAUUCGGAAACGGGAUUUGCACAUACUAACCGUCGGCGUGCACACGUAUAGCAGCGACGCGAGAUUCGCGGCCCUACACACGGACGGGUCAGACGAAUGGACUUUACGCGUCGCCCCAGCGCAGCCGAGAGACUCCGGCUCGUAUGAAUGUCAAGUGUCCACUGAACCGAAAAUAAGCCUUUCUUUUAGGCUCACAGUUGUCGUAUCAAAGGCAGAAAUACUGUCGGGACCAGAACUCUUUGUGCGAGCCGGGUCCGACAUCAAUCUGACAUGUAUCGCUAGACAUGCCCCAGAUCCGCCAAGCUUCAUAUACUGGUAUCGAGGGUCCAACGUAGUGAAUUAUGCUCAGCGAGGGGGCAUCAGCGUGGAAACCGAACAAAGGACCCGCACGAGCCGGCUUCUCAUAGCGAGAGCCUCGCCACGGGAUUCAGGAAAUUACACGUGCGCUCCGAGCAGCUCUGAUUCGGCAUCGGUGAUGGUCCACGUUGUGAGCGGAGAGCGGCCGGCGGCGAUGCAAAGCGACGCUGCUAAGACGAACAAACCCUUACGACCUUCAGUGUUGAUAUCACUCGGAAUGAUCGCCAGUAAAGCAUCGUCCUUAGCAAUUUUAUUACAGGGCUUUUUCAUAAAUUCGAUUUAUGGAAACGGAAAUCCGUGGAACAAUUACUGCUUAAGGAGAUUCGAGCCGAGAUGACCUCAAGUACGUCACAACUGAAUUGUAUUUAAUGCAAUUUAUUAACUAAUAACAAAAGUAUGGUGUUUAUGAUAUGAACGAUGGAUGGACGUUGAAGAAACGAAUUAUUGUUAUGGACGAAUAUCAAAAUUGGAUUUUACUCUGUCGAUCGAAGAUUCAUUUUAUAGCCAUUGAUUUUUUUUGAUUUACGUCUGUAUAAAAAUCAGAACAUCGAAUGUUUUUGAAACAUUGUGUAAGUUUAUGAAAGUUCUGAAUAAUUUGCUUAUUAAUUAGAAUCACAAAUGUUUUUAAGCUCCUUAAGACCAAGAGACUUUUAGAGACUUUCAAUGCAGCUAAAAUUGUUUCUAAAUAUCUCAUGAUGUAUAAAAACCAGAAUGUCCACAAAAAAACAUUUUUUAACGUAUCUAUUUUGGUAACUUGUACCACACUGAAAUUUAAACAAACUGGUCGA